CGGCGUGCUGACGUCAUGCUGCGUGCGGGCCGGGGUGGUCGGUCCGGCGAGUCCGCGGGGCCCGACUUAGUUCGCCGCCAGGAGCCGGCGGGGCGCGCGCCCCGGGUCCUCCUCCGCCGCCGCCCGGCGCGCUCGGGGCGCCCGCCGCCCGCAUGGUGGACCUGGUCCCGCGGCGGCCGGGCGCGGGGGCGAUGGGGGAUCCGGCCACGAAGAAGCCGGGCACGGCCACGUGCGUGGGCUGCGGGAGCCAGAUCCACGACCAGUUCAUCCUGCGCGUGUCCCCGGACCUGGAGUGGCACGCCGCCUGCCUCAAGUGCGCCGAGUGCAGCCAGUUCCUGGACGAGACGUGCACGUGCUUCGUGCGAGACGGGAAGACCUACUGCAAGCGGGACUACGCCCGGCUCUUCGGGGUCAAGUGCGCGCGCUGCGGCGCGGGUUUCGGCGGCGGCGACCUGGUGAUGCGCGCGCGGGACCGCGUGUACCACGUCGAGUGCUUCCGCUGCUCCGCCUGCGGCCGCCAGCUGCUGCCCGGCGAUGAGUUCUCGCUGCGGGAGCGCGAGCUGCUGUGCCGGGUGGACCACGGGCUCCGGCUGGAGCGCGCCGGGGCCGGCAGCCCCCCGCGGAGCCCCGGGCCGCUCCCCGCGCGGGGCGCGCCGCUGCCAGAGCCAGGGUCCGGCCGGCCGCCCGCGCUGCGCCCGCACAAGCCAGCGGCGGCGGAGAAGACGACCCGCGUGCGGACGGUGCUGAACGAGAAGCAGCUGCACACGCUGCGGACCUGCUACGCCGCCAACCCGCGGCCCGACGCGCUCAUGAAGGAGCAGCUGGUGGAGAUGACGGGCCUGAGCCCGCGCGUCAUCCGCGUCUGGUUCCAGAACAAGCGCUGCAAGGACAAGAAGAAGUCGCUGCUCCUGAAGCAGCUGCAGCAGCAGCAGCAGCUCGGCGACAAGACGAGCCUGCAGGGCCUGACGGGGACCCCGCUGGUGGCCGGCAGCCCCAUCCGCCACGACGGCGCCCUGCAGGGCAGCGCGGUGGAGGUGCAGACCUACCAGCCGCCCUGGAAGACGCUCGGCGAGUUCGCGCUGCAGAGCGACCUGGACCAGCCGGCUUUCCAGCAGCUGGUCUCCUUCUCCGAGUCAGGCUCCCUGGGCAACUCCUCCGGCAGCGGCAGCGACGUGACCUCGCUGUCCUCGCAGCUCCCCGACACGCCCAACAGCAUGGUGCCCAGCCCCGUGGAGACGUGAGGCCCGGCCACCGCCGCGGACCCGCAUGCUGCCUGCAUGAGACCCGCCGCCGCCCCCGCCGCCGGCAGUACCGUUAUUUAAAGAGACAUCCUCGCGGGGCGUCCGGGGGCCCAGCCCGGCGGGGCGCCCCGCUUUCCGGCUGGAGAGGAGCGUCCGUGUCCUCAGAACCAGACUUGGGGUGCCUCUGCGUCAGCCCUGCCCCCCCUCUCCCCGGGGUGGGGGGGAGUUCAGCUGCGAGAGGACGGAGGAGGCCGGAGGCGCGACCUCCCUCCGCCCCGCACAGCGCAUGGCCGCCGGGACGCGGACCCGGGACUGACCUUGAAACGCGUCUAAAUUAUCCGCCGACGGAGGGCAGAGCCCGCGCGCGAGCCUCUGCCUAACGGAACGUAAGUUAUUGUUAUUAUUUAUUGUGAGAACGGCCCGUUCAUCGUGGGACGAAUAUUUUCAUCUUAAUAAUAAUAAAAAAAAAUGAGAACCGGA